AGCCCGCUGCUGUGCCCCGCCCCUCCCCGCCCCAGACCGGACCGGAGGGCUGCUCGGCCCUCGGCAGCCGCUUCUCCAGCCCCCGUACGAGCAGCCGCAGCCCCACACGGGCCGGCCCCGGCUCUCCGGCAGAGCCGCUCGCUGCGCCUUUAACGACGGCGGCUGCGCCGCGGCGGGCGGGUUGCGCGGCGUCUCCCAGCCGCCUCUUUCAGCGCCGCAGGCGAGUGGGCGGUGCGGGCCCUCCGCCGGGAGCAGAUGGGGUGGCGGAGCGCGGGGUGCCGGGAGGGCCCCGCGGGCGACUACCUGACGCGGCCGAGCGACGGCUUGGCUGCGAGCGGGGAGCGCUGAGAUGGCGAAAGCUCCGCGCCCAGCUGGCCCGCGCCGAUUCAGUGGUGCUCAGUGGCACACGCAGAACGUCCUCAAAGACUCUGUGGAGAGCUCCGAUGAUGAAUACUUUGAUGCACGAGAAGAAGUGGUGGAAGGAAAAAGUGCCAUUCUCAUAGGCAUGAGCCAGUGGAACUCAAACGACCUUGUUGAGCAGAUAGAGACGAUUGGGAAGCUGGAAGAAAAUCAAGGUGAAGAAUCUACGUUUUGCUCAUAUGCCUUUCUACAGGAAAAACAACGUGAAUUAUAUAGAACCUCUUCAAGAAAACAAAAGUUCCCGGCACAAGGCAGUAUUGAAAUACACGAGGACAAUGAGGAAGGAGUUCAACACCAGAACUGCAAAACUCAUGUGCUAAUUUUGAUCCUACAUGGGGGGAACAUCUUAGACACUGGAGGUGGGGACCACAGCAGCAAGCUGGCAGACAUCAACACCUUCAGCUCUGUGUUUGAGAAAGUGACCCGAGCCCAUUUCCCUGCCGCUUUGGGCCACAUCUUAAUCAGACUUGUUCCCUGCCCAACAAUCUGUUCAGCAGCUUUCUCUCUUGUUUCCAACCUAAAUCCCUACAGCUAUGAUGAGAGCUGUCUCAGCAGCAGUGAAGACCAUAUCCCACUGGCUGCCUUGCCCUUGCUGGCUGUUUCAUCCCCACAGUACCAGGAUGCAGUUGCCAUGGUGAUCAGUAGAGCCAAUCAAGUUUACAAUGAAUUUCUCAAAUCUACAGAUGGGGCUGGUUUUAAUGGACAGGUGUGUCUCAUUGGUGACUGCAUUGGAGGAAUUUUGGGCUUUGACGCCAUCUGCUAUAAUUCUAAUACAGCUGAUGAGAGUCGGAACAGUAGCAGGAGAGGAAGCAUCGGCAGCAUCCAGGAUAAUCCCCUCUUAGCAGAGGACUCCAGUCUGGGUGGCAGCAAACGCCUGAGCAAAAGCAAUAUUGACAUCUCGGGAAUCAUGGAGGAUGAGAAGCCAAGGCAGCCGUUGCCUAGGAAACAGAGUGACUCAUCCACCUAUGACUGUGAUACUAUAACCCAACAUCAUGCUUUCCUGUCUAGCAUCCACUCAAGUGUGUUGAAAGAUGGUGCAGACUUUCCUCCUGUGAAUUCCAGUCUCUCAGAAGUAAACCUGGGCCGAUUUGAAUUCGAGGUGUCUGAUUUCUUCCUCUUUGGAUCACCGCUUGGCUUGGUGCUGGCCAUGAGGAGUACUGUGCUGCCCAGCCUGGAUGUGUGCCAGGUCCGCCCAGCUUGCAGCCAAGUGUACAGUUUCUUUCAUUCUGCUGACCCCUCUGCCUGCAGACUUGAACCGCUGCUGGAGAAAAGAUUCCAUCUCCUGCCUCCGUUCAGUGUCCCACGGUACCAGAGAUACCCACUUGGGGAUGGAAGAUCUCACCAGUUAGGUGAUGCUAUCCACAACCACAGUGCUCUCUUCCUUGAGAACAGUUCUUUGAACAUCCCUUUCUCUCAGGAGAGUCCUGGAUCUCCAAACACAGCUGAUCAACCACAAGGACAAACAAGAAAGUUGAGCUUGGCCAGCACAAACAGUGAAAACUCAGGGUCGACAGAAAGCUUGCCAUCAGCAUACCUCACCAACAUUACUGCAAAGUGGUGGGGAACAAAACGAAUAGAUUAUGCCUUGUAUUGUCCAGAUGUGCUGACAGCCUUUCCAACUGUGGCCCUGCCGCAUCUCUUCCAUGCCAGCUACUGGGAAUCAACGGACGUUGUGGCCUUCAUUUUAAGACAGGUGAUGAGGUAUGAAAACGUAAAUUUCAAGGAAAAUGACAACCUGGAUCCAGCAACACUAAGUCCUUCCAAUCCCCGAGAAAAAUGGCUGCGCAAAAGGACACAUGUGAAAUUGAGAAACGUGACUGCCAACCACCGAGCUAAUGACGUCAUUGCGGCAGAAGAUGGUCCUCAGGUACUAGUCGGGCGCUUUAUGUAUGGACCUCUGGACAUGGUAGCUUUAACAGGUGAAAAGGUUGAUAUCUUCAUAAUGACGGAGCCAUCUUCGGGUAGGUGGGUGUACUUUGACACGGAGAUAUCCAACAGCAGUGGCCGGAUAUCCUACAACAUACCCAAACAGAAGAGACUGAGGGUUGGUGUGUAUCCCAUCAAAAUGGUGGUCAGAGGGGACCAGAGCAGUGCGGCAAGUUACCUGACUGUGCUUCCCCGAGGAAUGGAAUGUGUUGUGUUCAGCAUUGAUGGUUCAUUUGCAGCAAGUGUUUCAAUUAUGGGAAGCGACCCCAAAGUCCGAGCUGGCGCCGUUGAUGUCGUCAGGCAUUGGCAGGACCUGGGAUAUCUGAUUAUCUAUAUUACUGGCCGUCCAGAUAUGCAAAAACAGCGUGUGGUUUCAUGGUUGUCUCAACACAACUUCCCACAAGGGAUGAUCUUCUUCUCAGAUGGACUUGUUCAUGACCCACUGCGACAAAAGACCAUUUUUCUCCGGAAUCUCAUGCAAGAGUGCCACAUCAAAAUCUGUGCUGCAUACGGUUCCAUGAAGGAUAUUUCUGUGUACAAUGUCUUGGCUCUGUCGCCAUCCCAGAUCUACAUAGUUGGACGACCAACAAAGAAAUACCAGGCACAGUGUCAGUUCCUCAGUGAAGGUUAUGCAGCCCACUUGGCCUCGCUGGAGUUCAGUCUCCACUCACGACCCAAAAAGAACAACUCUCGGAUGAUCUUGAGAAAAGGCAGCUUUGGCCUCCACUCCCAACCUGAGUUUUUGCGCAAGAGAAACCACCUCCGCAGGACUAUGUCUGUGCAGCAACCUGACCCACCUUCGUCGAACCCCAAACCAGAGCGUGCCCAGAGCCAGCCCGAAUCAGACAAAGAUCAUGACAGGCAUUUGCCCUCCAUUGCUUGGGUCCGAGGUGGAGUUCACAAAUUUGAAUCUGUCCCCUAGGAAGCUUGGGAAUAUAGAUCUUGGGUGCACCCCAUUAAACUUGUAGGCAUGCCUCAAAGGUAAUAUUUAGGCAGCUUCAAACUAAGAUGUAGAGGGGAACCUGUACCUCGGAGUCUUCCCUGCCCUGGAAUCUGCCUUCUUACACCAACUGGGGAACUUGCAGUUUGUUCCUCUUGACACGUUUAUUGGGAAAUUUUAAAACAAUCUAAAACUAUCGCAAGUGCUUAUAACAUCAAAGCAAAAGGAAAUAUCUUUGGUUAUUUUCUACAACAGAUGUAAUAAAAUGUGCAAUAAGAGAAGAAGCUGUAACAGGGUGAUUUUACCCAGAAGGAGGAUUGUGGUAUCGGCUAAUUAGCUGCACCCAAACCAGUAUAAACAGUAUGAAAGGUCCCAUAGGUUACAGAGAAGGUUUACACGUUAAAGGUUAAAUAGUUGUAUCUGUGUAUCUGUUUCCACUUCACUUUUGAUAAAGCGAUACACUUGCAAGGGAAGCAGAGGUGGGAACUACAAUAACGGGUGGUCAGGAUGUGUACAGCAAGAUGUUUUUGGGUGCCUUAAACCCAAGAUUUCCUUUCAGCUUACAGUGUUGGUCAGCAGACCCCAACAUGGGCACUCGUGUUUGUGUGAGGUGCUGGACAUCAAGUGAAUGGGAGAACUCCACUGAUGAACCAAAUCAUAAAAACUUCAUGUUAGAAUAAACGUGUCUGCCACAGUUUGAAGCAGUCAGUGUUGCUGUAUACAAGGUAAUGUGCAAGUGUACAAAGAACAUGUUGUUUUGUGGAACUUGGUGACUGUGCAAAAUGUGUGGACUACUCCGAGUAAGGAGAUGGCUCUGAUCAUCUCAGUCCAAGAGACAGAUCCUAAGGGUGGUAAGCUAAAGGGGGCCCUUUUUGCUAAGGGAUCUGCAAACUUCAGAGCAAUCACUUUUUUCGUUAUUCUAACUAGAAUCUUUAAACUGGAGGAGGAAAAAAGUAAUGGAAUUCCUAUGGGUAAAUUGUUUACCUUCUCAUGCUUUAUGGCACCUGCUGUGUUAAAGACAAUCUGUAGCAUUCAGAACGACAGCAUUUAAGCUUCAAAGAAUGGACGUGCCAAAUUACAGGUGCCAAAUAGAUUUUUUCCUAUUGAUCUAAAUUUCUCUCGGAUCUCGCAGUGAACCUACAGGAAGUGAAAUGUGUGAAAUUUCCCCUAAGUGGAAAUAUUUCCAAAGUGUUGUAGUUGGUUUAACGUAGUAGCAGUUUGCAGAUGCUUCCACUGCACUAAAUUCACCCAGAACUUUCGUGACUGAACUGUAGCGUGUUUUAAAUCCUGCAACGAAGUUUCGAGUGCACAUAAAAAACCUUUUCUUUAAAAGUUAAAACCAGGCUAUUGACCCUGAGAAAGCUUGAAGCCAAUAGAUUUCUUUUUCAAGUUGGUUUGUUUGAUUGUUUGCUUUUAAUUUCAGGGAGCGGGGUGGAGAGGGCGGUGUGCCUUCCUGGUCCAUCCCCCACACACCCCCUUACUUCCAGGUUUUCCUAGCCUGUAGCUAGGCCAGAAACAGUCUCUCAGUGAGUCUGUUGGUUAAUGAUUUUGAAAGUUGACAUGUAAAGCAAACAAGAAAUGCAAUGGAAAACUACUAAGCAGUGAAAAAGUAAACCUACGUCUAUACUCCCUAUUCACCCAAAAGUUUCAGUGUGCUUUUUGAAGGGCAUAGUAAUGUGGCUUUUGCCUUAAAAGGCAGCAAAGCAGCUUAUAAAUGGAGAUCUUAGAUUUAUUUUUUUAGACAUUACUUGGCAAGAUCGUCAGUUACCUAUUUCAAACUUCCUGGAAGAUCUCUGGCACAUCAGUAGUUUGUUCUUUAUAACUCCUCCUUUAAGGGAGGAGGUAAUCUUUGCUGAAGAUUUAGGAAAGAUAUUAAAAGCUUGGUAGCUCACGCUAAUUGGGAGGAGGUAACUACAUUACAGGGGCCUGGGCUUUUAUGCCGUCACCAAGUCCGCCAGCUACAAAACCUAAUUGAAAGAUAGCCACAAACUACAUUGAAGCAGUCUUAAGGUUUACAAAUGCUUUCCCAGUAGUAUCACACCUAGUUCUUUAACCCACAAGCUUGGAGGAAUUAUUCUGUUUUCUGCCUUGGCAGAACUCCAGUCACGUAAUUCAUUUCUCCUGUCCUCCGCAGCUAGGAGGAGAUUGCACAGGUACGCCGGACUCCAGCUCCCUCCCGUCACUUCGCUGUUGGCAUGCUGCUGCUUGUUAGUUUUAAACAGGCGUGGGAAUCCAGGGCUUGUGAGGGAGGAACUCACUAGGCAAAUUUUAAAUCAGCUGAGGGGACCUAAAAGCAACAUGGAUUGCAAAGUUGUUCUUAAGCACUGGGUGUUGUGUAGCAUGUCUCCUGAGGGUAGUCACUGUUCCUGCUGUACAGUUCAAAGCUGAUGUUGCUUUAGCCAUCUACCUCUGUCAUCCAAGAGACUCCAAAAUCUAUUUUUCACUUUAAGUUGCUGUAGUAGAAAGGCCUGCUCCCUUUCAAAAGAGGGAUCCGUGUGUAAUUCUGUGACUGUAUUAAAGGAACCAGCUUCUGAGCACGAGGUUAGAGAAACCUCCGAGGUUGUUAAGGCCUGUCUUUUACUCUUGCUGACACAGUGUCAUUUUGCAGGGUACCAUGUCAUGAAAACUGAUUUUGUGUAUUUCUAUUAAUAACUGGGUCACCUUUACAGUAGUCACUGUGCUGGCUUCUCUUAAGAAUUUUAUGAGCUAAUUGUAGUAAAACAAGUGUGUGUGUGUGCAUGAUUUAGGGUGGUAACAAUUUCCAAGUUUCUACACAUGGUAUUGAAAUCAAGCUGAGAAUAUUUUUCCCUAACUUUGUUUCCUACAAUAUAUGAGAGCUCACAUGGCCUUUGCAGAAUUCCAACACUACUAAUUGCUCAGGGAUAGAAUGGCUUAUCUCCUGAUCACAUGCCUCCAGCUGAGCGCUUUGCCAAAGAGUGAUACAGGUAUUAGCUUGGAGGUUAAGGCUUUGGGUUAAUUAGGAGUUGAUCUGAAACAUCAGAGGCAUUUGUUUGGAAAGCACUAGCCAGUUGCCUCUAAAACGGUAGAGCUUCCGUAGGAACUGAGAGUGUGAACAAGACAAGUGUGAUUUUAGACAUCUCACAGCUGGGCUGGCAGCUCAACAAAUAUUCCGUGGCAAUAGCUGGGGACCUCAUCUACGCUGAACCACUAGACUUUUCUCCUUGCAUCCCACCCCACCCCACCAGCUACGGUUGGGGUGAUCCCUGAGGUUUGCCGUGAUGAAUCACUAGUUUUAUAGCUUAAUUUCUCAAUUGCAUUUUCUCUUAAAACAUUUCCUUCUAGUCAGAAUUUUAGUUAUACACUUUGUCCACAUGAAACCACAUGCAGUGGUUCACGGGCAUUCAGUCUGCAGCUGGAGUUCACGGAAGGAUUAUCAGUCCUCCUAAGCAGGCCAUUUGCUGAGGAUAAGCUUGAUCCUACAGUCGUGGUGUUCUCGGGUUGCAAGCCCUCAGCGCUGCAGCCUCUGCGCGGUCGGCACUUACAGAAACUUUACAGGCUUCGGAAGCGUUAAAGCGUCCGCAGAAGGGAAAGGGACAGAGUAGUCGGGCGGGAAUGGUGGGCGCCCAAGGAGCGCGGGUUCGACUCGUCAGUAGCUACAGCACCUUCAGUGCCUCCAGUCUGUUACAGAAAAGCACAUUCCUUAAACCUGCAGAAUGGAGGGAGCAUAAGUGAAGCUAACACACAGAACUGUUAUCCAGUGGGUGCGAAGGCAGCCGUACACGUCAGUGCAAAGCAGGCCGCAGCUGGGAGCAUUUACUUUUUUGCCCUGUUGACAUGGAUCCAGUUUUAAAUUUCUGUAAAAAAAAAUGGCUGUGAUUAAUAGCAGUGGUAGACUUAUCUGAGAUAUUGUGAAAGCACACCUUCACAACUGUGGUGUUUUGUGUGUGUGUGUGUAUGUGUGUGUAGCUACUGGAAGAUACCUUAAGUGAAGUUCCGGUUCUGCUUUCACAGCAAACUUGUAACCAAUAUACCUUUUUUUAAAAAAAAAUAAAUCACAUUUAUUCAAUUUUGUUGUCUAGUUAGGUAAGUUUGAAAAAAGAUAUUGUUGUACAAAGAGUGCAGAAUAUUCCACAGACCUGAAUAGUGAUAUUGAUCCAAAUCUGCUUAUUUUGGAUAACUAUUUUUUUUUUUUAAAGUGUUUGCAUACACUAGUGCUCUUGGAACAGAUUCUUGCUUGACCAAAGUACUCCUGUUUAGUUUUGUGGCAUGUUUUAUAUCUGUUCAGCAUAAAAUUUUGUUAUGUGUAAAAAGGACA